CUUUGUAAAUUAGAUCUUUAUUAGUAAUUUUUGAAUCGAAUUCAGAUAAACACCACAAAUAUGCGAAUCGAAUCUAAUCUAUGAAUACCCUUACCUAGCCGGAUUUUUAUUCAUUGCGAGUUCACAUUUAAGUCUUUUCUUAUUACUUGCAAUUAUCGGGGAAUCAUGUAUUAGAAUAUAAUUAGUUCAAUCAUUGCAAAACUUUAAGAAUUGAUCCUCACACGAGUUUAUUUUCGUACACUUGGUACACGCAAAAACUUUUGACUUUGGAAUGAUUUUAAAUUCAAAACUUUCGUUGAAAAUCUAAGGUACGUUUUACUUGUAUUUUUACUUUUUAUUUUGUCCUUUGUUGUGGGCAGGUUGCAAGUUUGCAAGAGGAGAUAGAUAUUAUUGGGAAUCUAAUGGCAAAUUCUACAACUGGUGCUACCAAUUGUGGCAUAAAUAAUGUUGAAGCACCAAUAACAAAAAUGGAGUACUCGAACUGUGGAAUACAAUAUCCUAUGCAAGAUGAUGAUGAUGCUGUCACAACAACUAAUCAAUGUUAUCAAAAUGAAAUGGCCAAUAAUAUUCUUUCUCAAGAAGGAAGUAUGACACCCCGCCAAGGCUAUGGCUCACACAUGGAUAUAGAGCUUCCAAAUAAUAAUGGAAAUGGGUUUGAAGGGCCAUUUGUAUUUGAUGACCAUCCCAACUUCAAUAAUAAUAAUAAUCCAUUAGAGAAGUUCCUAUCUGGAAUUGAUCAAGAGGGAUUCAUGAACCACCCGUGAUUAAAGCACAAUAAUGCAAUCAUAAAGAACUAGGCUUAUAGAAUUGUCAUAUGUGACUUUUGCUUAGCACAACUAUGGUGCACGAAAUAUUAAUGAUGAUUACAUGAAAUGAUGAAAACCAAUUUUGGUGUGGUAUUUGUUUCAAUAUAAUUGGGAGGAGAAUCGAUAUUAUUAUUGCUCUAUAUAUGUAACUAUUUUUUUUUUCCACGGUAUCCUCCAACCCGACAGGUCAAUAACUAAUCCGUCGUGGUACUGAGCUCCGUUUAAAGGUUUGUCGUUGGCCAAUGGUUACUGCAUGUACAAGGCGGGAUUCGAACUGCCAACACUUGCUUAAGCGGACUAGUGAGCUAACUACUAGA